ACGGAGCGGAGCUGUGAACUCCUCCUGUGUUAUUAUUACUAGAGUAGCUCUGCAUUUUAUUACAGGAAAAACAAACCCAGCCUGGUCGCGCUGAUUUUGGAUUCACUCGACGCCUGUUGGUGGAUUUACUUGCAUUUUGCCUAAUUGAGGCUUUUUUUUGUUGAAUUUCAACUAAAAACACCCAAAAGAAGAGCAGGAUGGGAUCCCAGGCAUCUAAGGGAGGAGUGACCGCCGAGGGAAAAGCCGCCGCUGAUGCAUCCGCCGACCCGGCUGCUGCCAAGACUAACGGACAGGAGAACGGACAUGUCAAGACGAACGGAGACGUGUCUGUCAAGACAGAGGGCGACUUGGCAGAGACCAACGGCUCAGCCGAGGCAGCCAAGGAUGCCGAAGCGGGAUCUGGAGAUGCCAUUGAGCCAGCUCCAGCCACCGAGGGUGAGGGCACCAAGCCUGAAGGCGAGGCAGACAAGGAGACCGGCAAAAAGAAGAAAAAGAAGUUCUCCCUGAAGAAUUCAUUCAAAUUCAAGGGGCUGUCACUGAAGAAAAACAAGAAGGCAAGCACCGAGGUGAAAGAGGAGGCUGUGAAGGAGGAGGAGAAGAAAGAGGAGAAACCGACCGAGAACGGAGCGGCCGAGGAGAAAAAGGAGGAGGAGGCCAAGUCGGAGGAGAACGCAGCUCCUGCUCCUGCUGAGACCCCCAAAACCGAGGAGGCUCCACCCAAAACCGAGGAGGCCGCUGCCCCCAAGGAGGAGGCAGCUCCUGCCACCACUCCUGCCGCUGAGCCCACAAAACCUACAGAGGAGACUGCCUCGACGCCUGCAGCGUCUGAACAGAAGGAGUAAUUGUGCAUCACAAGGAACUGUUGUGAACUGUUUUUCAAGAAAAAAAAAUCUAUAUAUAUAUUUAUAUAUAUAUGUGUAUAUGUAUACAUAUGUAUAUAUACAUGGAUAUAUGUAUAUGUAUAUAUACACAUGUAUGUUGAAAAAGAGACUCCUCGUGCCACUUUCUUCAAGAUCAAUGAAACAAAACGACAGACUAGAUCCACUUUCACCUCCCUAUAAAUGGCUCAAAGAUCUGGGACUUGAAUUUAGGCCGUCACCGAUUAGCAGGAGCAAGAGCACCAGAAUGAAAUGAAGAACCGGCAUCUGUCAAUCCCACCACCACAGAGAUGCUGAGAUAAUAAAGCAAGAUGUGCCGGAUAAAUAUCACCACAUGUAAUGACUGUUAAAAUAGAAAAAAAGAUGAAAAAAGACUCGCCAACUUUCUACAUUUUAACCCAAAUUUAAGUAUUUUGUGGUGUAUAGAGAACCAUUUUAAAUAUCCAGAAGGCUUUGUCUUGUUUGAGAGCGCAUUUUAAUUUUUAUCUUGGCUGAAACUCACAUACACAUACAUGAUACACACAUUUGAGCUUGCUAUGUUCACACAUUUGAAGUUAAAAAAAAAAGAAGCAGAAUUGUUAUGUGUUAAAUGUGAGCCUUGAUCUGCUUUUUUCGUCUCUGUAAAUAAAUUGGACCAAUUUUGUUCUUUAUUUUGCUAAUGUUGAAAGAUGUUACUGGUUUUAUUGUAAAGUUGAUAAUGGUAAAUAAAUGUUGGUUACCUAA